UAAUCGCACAAGGCAGCUGUUGGCUGACGUCAGUUACAUAUUCUGACAAUAGCUGAAUUUUAUAAACAUUGUGAAAAAAGUCGUUUUAAUUGUAAAAGAUUAUUGGUUACACUUGAAUCCCUUUACAAAAAAAAAAAAUUAUCAAAAAUGGGUGAUGAUAUUCUAGCUACGUUUAAAAUACUUAUUAUUGGUGAGAGUGGUGUAGGAAAGUCAAGUUUAAUGCUCCGGUUCGUGGAGGAUAAUUUUGAUGCUGACCAGUCCAUAACAAUAGGUGUAGACUUCAAAACAAAGAUAGUUAACAUAGAUGGAGUGAAUGUUAAAUUGGCCAUUUGGGAUACAGCUGGUCAGGAGAGAUUUCGCACAUUAACACCCAGUUACUACAGAGACGCCCAAGGAGCAAUUCUUGUGUACGAUGUAACAAAGAAAAAUACCUUCCAGAAAUUGGAUUUGUGGCUCAAUGAGCUGGAAAUCUAUGGUACUCGUCCCAGUAUGGCCAAGAUGGUUGUGGGCAAUAAAAUAGAUCAACCAAAUCGAGAAAUGAGUCGGGAUGAUGGAUUUAAAUUUGCCAAGAAGCACAGGACCCUCUUUGUGGAGACAUCAGCAAAAACGAGUGAGGGAGUAAAAUCAGCAUUUGAGGAAGUGGUUCGCAAAAUUAUGGAGACGGAUGGACUGUGGGACAGAAAUCCGAGGAGUGAUACGGUAAAUCUGAGAGAAGAAGAUAGAUCACAGUCAUUUUGUUCGAGCUUCUGUUCAUUGCUGUAAGUGUCGUGCUCAGGAAGUACAUGGAAAAUUUGUGACGAGGAGAGUGUUGACACUUUUCCCGUGAAAGGAAAAAGCAUUAAUAUUUCAGCGCUUAUAUAUCACAAAAGUUGGUGUAAUUUUUCAAGGGAAACAUCUUCAUUUAUUUUAUCUCCGUUUUUACAUUAUUUAUGCAAUUAACAUGAGAUUCAUUUAUAUAGUAUGGUUAUAGUCACAAAGGCAAGGGAGUCAACAAGAUGUACACAUAUACCUGCAUAAUUAAUUCAAUAAUAUUAAUUACGGUGUCUCCAGUGUGUAUAAUACUCUGCACAAAAGCUCCUUCAUUGGAUAAGAACCACCCGGGGAAAGGAUAAAAGAUAAUGAGAGUAAUUGAUGUGAAUCCCUAUAACCAUAGUAUAGAAUCUCAUUUGAAAACUACCACUAGAAAAAAAGGAUCUAAAAAAAUAUCAAUAAAUUCUGUAAAUAAAUUUUAUAUUUGGAAUGUAA